AUGGCUGACGAGGGCGCAUCACCCCGCGAGUUGGUCGUGGAAGCCUGCCGCCGGGACCAACCCCACCUAAUUGAGCAAGUGAUGAAUGAAAUGGACGAGAAGGACAAUGAGCAAGUGGCACAAUUCUUCAAUGAGGUGACAGACUCUAUGGGAAACCACGCAUUGCACAUCUGUGCCCAGUACGGCAGCUAUGACACAAUGGAUGCACUGUUUGACAUCCAAUUCUUCGAAUGUGACCCGUUGACCCGGUUGGACAAGGACACACCGUUGCACAUCGCAGUGCGGUACGCCAAUGAUAAAGACGCAGAGCUGGGUGAGGCCAUGAUCAAGAUGAUGUGUGAGGCUGGAUGUGAUCCCCGAGUGCGGAAUAAGCAUGGUCAGAAGCCUGCCGACCUGGUCUUUAACAAUAACGAGAUCAAGAAGACCCUUCAACAAUCCGAGUAUAUCAUGGCUGAAGGUAUUCAAAAUACCGAAGCUGACUCGGAUGGCGGAGAGGCUAGCGAUAGUGAUUAA